AGUCCGGCCGUGAGCGGGCAGAGCCGCUCGGGGCGGGGGCCGGGGCCGGCAGCAUGGACAAGCUCAAGCGGGUGCUGAGCGGUCGCGACGCGGAGGAGCCGAGCGGCCUGGGCGAGGUUAUUGAUGCAACUUCAUUAGGUUGGGGCACCAGAGUGAAAGGCUUCAUUGCUUGUUUUGCAAUAGGAUGCCUGUGCUCGCUUUUGGGUAGUUGUCUGCUAUGGGUACCAAAGAAAGGGCUGACACUCUUUGCAGUGUUUUAUACUCUGGGGAAUAUCGCAUCUAUUGGGAGCACUCUUUUUCUUAUGGGACCAAUGAAACAAUUGAAAAGGAUGUUUGAGCCUACACGUUUGAUUGCUACUAUUGUUAUGCUAUUGUGUCUCGUACUAACACUGUGUUCUGCUUUUUGGUGGCGUAAGGAAGGACUCGCGCUUCUUUUCUGCAUCUUACAGUUUUUCGCCUUAGCAUGGUACAGCAUUUCCUUCAUACCAUUUGCAAGGGAUGCUGUGAAGAAAUGUGUUUCGGUCUGCCUGUCCUAACAGGAAUACUGGAUGCUUCACAAAGUUCUAGGAAGUACAGUAGAACUAUGUUAAGAUCACUGUGUAUGUAUUUUCCUACUUCUGUCUUAAACAUGUGCCUUUCAGCUUGUUAGAAGCUCCUUGUGUUAAAUCCAAUGUAUGCGAUUGCUUGGUUUUGUAAGCAAUGGUGUCUGCAGGACAGGGUGUUUGUGAUCAAGUGGAGUUCUGUCUGGCAGAAAAACUGGGCAGAGUUCCAGAACUCGUUAUGAUAAUUCUUAUGUGAAAUCAUGUAUUUGUUUGGUUUUGCAAAAGUAACAAAGUAAUAUAUGAAGUCUGUAAAAUGAAGACCUUGACUCUGAUGGGACUAUGCCAGUCUAGAGGAUUUUCUUUUGCAAGAAAAAGAAAUCAGUUGGCAACCGAUUUCUUAUUGAGAACUUGUUUUUUUGUUUGUUUCUUCUUUUUUUUUUUAAUGUCACUUAAUCUUUGCACUGUUUGCCUGGGAAAAUGAAAUCUUGGUGCUCUUUCUUUUCCUGCCUCUCUUGCAAAAUUUUAGGUUUAUGGGACUUCUGAAAGACAUAAUUCUAAUUUAAAAGACUGAUUUGGAGUAAGUAUGAAAUGAUGAAAUGUUUGCAUCUUUAAUGAAGUAUUUAAUUUUCAGUUUAGACUGGUGUUUCCUUAAAAUACGUGAAAGGAGCACCUUCAUCUGUAAAAACUUGUUCCUGUUGGAGAAGCACUUGUAAAAUAAGGUUAAUAGAAUUUUUCAUCUGCCAGGAACCUGAGUUCUUUGCCUUGGCUGCAGCUAAUGGCAAUACAUACAAGGCAGGAAACUGACACUUUUCACAUGAAGCAAGGUGCUUCUCUUCUCCCUCAGCUGUAGCGUAGGAGCAGUGUGAAGCUGAGGGCAUGACAGGUAAGAAAAGAGAAUUUAUGUAUGUCCUUUCUCAAAGGACAAACUCUGUUGAUAAGGUGGAAGUGGGCCAUUGUUUAAGCAGUCUGGGCUGGGGAGAAGACAUUUUCUUCUGAACUUGUAAAUGAGUUAAAACUCCAGCUUUUUUUUUUUUUUGUAAGUGGGAUCAGUUUCGUUUCUCCUAAAGCUCUUGUAUAUGUUAGUGAUCUACUUCUGCUUUGAGGAGAAAGUACUAUUUUUCUAUUGCCUGUCUUAGCGAAGAAAGCAUGUAACAAUCUACCUGCCAGCUCCAAACAAACGCUGAACAGCUGGUAUCUAAAUUCCAAGGCCACUCUUCAUUCUCUUUAUCUUCUGAGCUAUGUAUAAUCAUUUACUCCCAAACCACUGCAGUGGUCCGUUGUUUAAUAUCUGAGCACAAUUUCCUACUUCUUCUGUGUGAGAUACUGUUUAACUGCUUUCACCUUUCUUAGAAAACUGUCUUGCUGGAGUCAGUGUCUAUGAAGAUGAUUAUCCAGUGGACUUCAGUGUGAACUGAAACCUCUCUUCCUUCAUCUACCAAGAGUUUAAUCAUUUAACAGCAUUGUGUUUUCCUGGCAAGUGCAUCCCUGACUUGUACCACAAAGACUUUAAUGUAGGAAAAACCUAGAUCUACUUGGCGAUAAAGUAUAAGCCCACAGUGAAGCCAAAUAAUUCUAUGGCUUCUGGAAAGUUAUUAGAAACUGAGUUAAUUCAAAAUCUUAAACUUAAGUGUCCUUCUGAUAAUUUAUAAAGCACAGUACCAUGCUGCUGUUAGGAUCCUCUAAAAAAAAUACUCCCUUUUGAGGAUGCUAUGAAAAGGAGAUUUUAACAGGCUUUGUUUCCAGCUGGCUGUUACUGUUACAAAGGCAUUUGAAUGGAAAAUGCUGGCUUGAAAACAUUGCACCGUUGUUGGGAUGAAUCAGUUAUACAGGAUGGUGUUUAAGUGCUAUGUCCUGGUGCUUUUUUUCUCCCCCCGUAGGAUUUGGAAGUUAGUGGUGAAAUAAGUAGGUUGAUUAUUACUGUUCUUGAAAGGAAGAAUUAGUUAAAUGCCCAAGAGAGAUGGAGGAUUAAAGAAUGUUGGUAUUUCUUUUUCCUGACUGAUCUAAGACAAGUAUCUAAACUGAUGUGUGUCUCUUCUAUCAGGGUUCAAAACCUAAUUAAUAUGUGUCAGAGGACCUGUGUUAGUCUUCUAUUAGAACUUUUAUACAAAGGAAUUCUGUAAACAUUAUCAGGGCAAUUGAAAUGCAACCCUAAUGCCUUUUACAUUCCAAUAUUUCUUUAGCUUUAACAUCUCUGGGUGUUGCUGGAAAAUGCUACAAGUAUUGUACACAUUCUUUCUCCUUCCCCUCUCCAGGAAAGUUACCUUAACUCAGAUCAUCAUUCCAGGCUCAGCAGCAGUCAACACAGUGGAAUUUGACUUUUGGCGUUCUUUUCUAUGAAUACUUCAGAUUAGAAGGAUAAAAGUCUUUUGCUUAUUCUUUGACUAGCUUGUGCAGGAUUGUGGAAGCCUGACUCCCUAGCAGUUCUUCUAGAAGAACACUGGAAUUGGGUAUGCUGAAUAUUAGUUUUUCAACUUGCAUACUAGCUAACUGCUAGUUUAGCUGACUGCUGUGAGCACAACCACUUAGAAGUACGAAAUUUAGGAAACUACCAAUACAUAGCGGGUAAACUUAAAUGGAGAUUUUUUUUCCUUCUUCCCUUCCUAUCCUUUUUAAAGUUAUAAUUCCAGUUCCACAGCCUUUUAUCAAUAAGAGAGAAGAACAAAUCUUCAUUUGACGGCUAAGCGAUUGUGCCCUUAAAGGAAGGGAACCCAAGGAGAGAUGGCAAAGACAUAAGGAUCACCAGAGUGCUGCUAGGGUUUAUGUUGCCCUUUGUUGCAUUCUGUUCCUGUGAAGGUCAGACAGUAGGAGACUCACCAUAUUCUUGCCAAUAUGUGAAACGUGCUCAGGGUUUGUCGCUUCAUUUACAAGCGGUUUUUGAUUUAAAAUAACUUUUCUAUAUCAGAACAAAACUCUUCAGAUUCUUACUUGCUUAUAAGCAGUUGUAUUCAGGCCAAGUUUAGCAACAAAAGAUUUUUCCACUUUGUUAAAAUAUUUUAUGUGAUUUUAUGUAAUCAGGGAGUAAAGUAGUGCAUUAAUGUUCUCUCUUGACCAGUUUCAAUCUGAUUUAGAUUAUACCAUUAUAGCACUUUUUGUCAUGAGAACUAAUUUGUACUAAGUUUUGAUCUCCUCAGCUUUGGUUAUCUGCUUGGCAGGAAGCAUGGUGGGCAUAUCUGAAGCUCUCUCUAGCUUUCUAUCUUAAUGUCCUUCAAGGCAGGAAUGUUUAUUGUGUGCACUGUACUUCAAAUAGAGAUGUUUGUGUUUUAAAUCACAAAGCUCCUUCCUUCCCAACGUCCUUGCUCAGUUGCCUACAACACUUAAGGCUGACUUUCCUGAAAAAAUGUAUGAUGUUGGAUACCCAUCUCAGUAGGAUUUGGUGUUCUACCAGAAAGCACUUUUUGCCCAGCCUCACUGUUGAUCAAAUUGCCUAUACACUUUUUUGCCUUUUACAGUACAGAUAACAUAACUUUAAUCAAGCAGCCUUAGCAUACAGUUCUAUGAAAUGUGCAUAUCUGGGAUCAUCUGACUUUGGGAUCAGAAAUGGAAAUGGGGAGGGUGGUAGUCAUUUGUUCCCAAAGUACUGAAAUUCUAUACAUUAAAAUGUGGUAUUUUUUUUUCAUUACUUCACAUAAAACAGAGCAAAAUUUGAAAUCCAUUGUGAAUACUGGUACUAUCUGAGAUGGUUCUGUGGUGAUGAUGUGAACAAUUUCAUCUUGUUUAGUAUUUACAGUAAAAAGGUUGUUCAUGAGCUGUUACAAAAACCAGAGAAGAAAUUUCUGCACCAAGUUGAAAUUCUUUCAAGAAAUCACGUUGGUGGUGGUUUUUUUUUUUUUCUUUAAAAUGAUGCGUUAGGCUUUAUGUGUGGAUACUCAUUAUGCAAGUUGGGGAGAGGGCAGAGACUGCUGUGGGCUAGCCUGCAGCUAGGUGCAGGAUGACAGGCUUGAAUCGAUCAUAGCUUGUGGGCUGAUUUGCAGCUGGCGUGCAGUGCAUUUGGAGGCUCGUGGCACUGUUGCUUACAUGCAGUCCAAAACUCCUGUUCUGGGAACUGUCUUCUGGGAACUGUGGAGCAGUGUGGGCACUUGAAGUUCAUCCCCUUUUGCUGUGUGCUAAGAUUGAAAGAGCCUCUGAGUUUUUGACAACAGUUUAGUUUUGGUACUUAGUCGUAUUAAUGAAAGUAAGAUCACAGUUGCUAUCGUGGACUCUCAAAACUGAGGAGGAGGAUGAUGAGGUUUAAACACACAUUUGUCUUAAAUACUGAUGUUUACAACCAUAGCAAAUACUGUGUAGGACAGAAAGCACAGAAAUAGUAUAUUUUUCUUAAAACCAUGUGCCUCAGUGUAAUGUGACAACACUAGAUUUUUUUUUUAACAGCUGUGGAAUAGUUUUGUAAAAUAAAACCCAAACUCUCAAAAAUUCUCCACAAUGUUUUAUACUGUUAUUGAUUCUGUUUGUUGUGCCUUUUCUAUGUAUUUACAUGGUCUGAUUUCUACUUUGGUAAACAUCUUUCUUCUAACUUACAACUUGCUCUGUAAUGAGGUGAAAUCUUUACUUACAAGUGCUGUUUUUUUGCCUUCAAUAAAGUUGUCAUUGCA